UUGUAAACAUCAUUAAAAAAGAGGUAUUUUUUCCACUUUUUAAUCACAGGAUGGGUUGUCAAAUAGUGCACAACUCACCACAUUUCAGAUCAGAUUGUGCGGUGCUUUGCUUGCCUUUGGGACGUUUUAGAGGUGCGUAAUUUUCUUUCCAGGGAGGCACAAUUUAGGGAUUAUUUUGGUGCUUAAAUCAGAAAUAAGAAUUAUUUCAAUUAUUUAUUGUACUUUAUUUUAUAUCUAAUUUAGGGGUGAUUUAAUGCAUAGCAUAAGUCAGAGGAAGCCGAUCACGUGCACGUUUCUAAAACAAAAAAAACACCAUUUCCCAGACAGCUUUGCGGUUAGAGCAACAAAGAUGGCGAUGCAGCUCGGUGUUUCAGGACGUGAUAAGAAUUGUAAAACGUACAACAGAUGAAUUAAAGGAGCGACAACAGGCACGGCACUGCAGACAAUUUACCACUGCGGGUCAACUACAUCACACUGAACUGUCCACGUUGGGGGUUAAUCGGAUAUAAUGCCUUCUCCCAAAGCUAAAAACCCCGUUCGCAGCGGAGGAAGCCCAGUGCUCGGCAGCUCCAACGGCCGCUAUGAGUUCAUGUCGCUGACUAAGCCGCUGAACCGGUCUUCUCCGCCGCAUCUCCUCCAGCGGCAGGGCUCCGACCCGACCACCGCCCGCCUCCGAGCCUCGGAGAGCCCCACUCGGCGCCGGGGCUCUAGCUCCUCCACGGGAAGCGGACAGGGGCUGCCAGAGGAGGACGGUAUACGGCUCAACCCUUCCUUCAUCCGCGUUGCGCUCAGCUCCCUUCUCGCCAUCGACCUGUGGAUGUCCAAGCGGCUGGGGGUGUGCGCCUGCGAGGACUCGUCCUGGGGGAGUGUGCGUCCGUUAAUGAAACUGAUAGAGAUAUCGGGACAUGGCAUCCCCUGGCUGGCUGGGACCGCCUACUGUCUAUACAAGAGUGACAGCGCUGCAGGACAAGAAGUCAUGCUCAACCUCCUCAUGGACAGGUCUCUUGGCACCACUGACUGAGCCUGGCUGAGGUGCAGUAUUUGUGUCACUGACGUCUUCC